AUGCGAGCGCUGCUUACAGUCCCAUUACUCCUUGCAACUCACGCUGUAGCCCGCAAGUCUCUGUCCAUUGGACCCCAACUUCCUCAUGCGUAUUACUCCGCUGAGCCCACCUCAUACACCUAUGCCAUAGCUGUCGAAUCUUCCGACCCGUUCAGUGUUGCGAGCGCGUUCCUGCGCGAUUUACUCAGCUCCAAUGUCUCAUAUGUCAUUCGCGAGGACUCAUACACGGACACCAUCAGCGGCAUUUCUCACAUAUACGCCCGCCAGCUCGUCAGCGGGCUUGAUGUCGCCAAUGCCCAUAUCAACCUGAACAUUCGUAAUGGUGUCGUUCUAUCCUAUGGCAACUCCUUCUACACCGGUCCCCAGAUGCCCCCAGUCGACAGCGCUUCCUCCACAAUCAACCCUUAUCUAACUUUCUGCGAAGGUCUUCGGGCACGGUUGAAUGGGCUACUCGAUGUUCAAACUCCUCGCGUGGGGUAUCAAGUCCUCCUCAGUCAUCAGCCAGACAAAGCGGUUCAUGUAAUGCACAUGCGCAUGGAGACGUACUGCGCUCACGCCCACAUCGCAUCCGACAUCGCACUCGCAGGUCUGGAACCCAGCGCGGAGACCGCACUCUUAUAUUUCGUUAUAGUAGCUACUGCCGACCCAUUCGUGUCGGAAUCCAUUCUAAAGGAUCCGCAGCAGCACCUGGGAGCACUUCAAGUUAACGCUCUCCAGGACGCGGGAUCUUACAGCAUUUCAGGUGUACCCGGUGCCAUGGGUGAUGUAAUAACUCGCCUUGUGUACGUUCAAGUACCAGAUGACACUGGAAACACGAUCCUCGCGCUCGCUCACCGUUUCCGAGUCAAUUUCUUGUCUAACUCGUACGAGGCGUACGUAUCCAUCAGCUCACCCCACCGCAUCCUCUCUGUUGUCGACUACACUUUCGAUGGCGAUCCGGAUACGGAUAUUGUCAGCUAUUCCGGCACUAAACCUGCGCCAUCUACAACUAGAACAUCCAUAGAACAGCGUCGCAAGACAUUUGAGCCUGGUUGUUAUCCUACUCCCGACGUCACCCUGCCUGAUUUGAUUCCCUCUACCUACAGAGUCUUCCAGUGGGGGUACAACGAUCCGUCGGAGGCGUUGAGCAAAUCUGGCAUUCCACCCGGCGACCCUUCCUCCCUGCCGUAUGACGAGGCACGUUCGUUCCAACAGGAGAAUGUUGACUCUGUGGCCGCUCGUGCAGGAUGGCAUACCCUUCCCAAUUGUAGGGUUCCUGAUUCACCUGAUGGCUGUGACGACUUAGCCGGCUUUUGGCACACCACUGACACUACCUUCGGCAACAACGUUUUUGUACAGGAGGAUUGGAAAGGGUAUGGCAGAUGGACGGACAACAAGCGACCUAUUGCUAGCGUCUCUGAUAAUGGUCAAAUCUUCGACUUUCCAUAUAACCCCACUGGAUACGAAGAUGAAGAUGAAGCAGAGAAACUUAAGAAUGCACAUUCAUACGGUUUCGAUGAAGUUUCAGGCAAUUUCCAACAAUGGAAUUUCGGUCGAUGUGGUGAAGAAGAUGAUGCUGUCAUCUUGAAUAUCCAGAAAGGCAAUGGCUUUAACCGGGGCUCCAUGAGUGUCCCAGGGGAUGGGGAAGCCGCGAUAUGCGACCUAUACUUAUUUGAUCAUUCCAACCCGUAUCGUGAUACCGCGAUGACAGCUGACGUUACUAUCCACGAGCUAACGCAUGGGCUAACAACGCGUCUUGUUGGAGGACCCUCUACAUCUAGUUGUUUGGGCCAGGGCGAGGCUAAAGGCAUGAGUGAAGGCUGGAGUGACUACGUCACAACCAUGGUUCGCGCCACCGAUCCACACGCUGAAUAUGCGAUGGGCGAAUGGAUUUCCAAUAAAGAGGGAGGCGCAAGGAGGUAUCCCUUUACUACUGAUCGAAAGAAAAACCCCACGACCUAUGAGACUGUCACGGAGUACUUUAAGAGUUCAAAGGACGUCUACCAUGACGUCGGCACCAUUUGGGGCAACAUGCUUUGGGCAGCCACUAUUUAUCUAUCGGAAAAGCGCGGAUUCUCUUCAUCAUUAUUCCCGCCUUCACCUCUUCCGGAUGGAUCGCUCCCUUCAAGUGCAUUUGAAGGAUCCGACAGCUUUUAUCUUCCUCGCACGGUAGAUCCAGCCACGGGCUUGUUUAGUCCACCUGUUCCCCGCCGUGGCAACACACUCAUGCUGCAGCUGGUGAUCAACGCAUUAAAACUUAUGCCAUGCUCGCCCAAACUGGACUUUAAGAAUGGACGUGAUACCAUCAUUGAGGCAGAUCAGCAUCUCACUAAUGGCGCCAAUGAGUGCGAGCUGUGGGCCGCGUUUGCAGAGCGUGGGCUCGGCGUCGAUGCAAGGGUCAUGCCUGCAGGGCUACUGGCUAACGAUGCUCAAAGAUCGAAUGGCUUUGAGGUUCCGGAGAAGUGCAAGGACAUCACCAAGAAGUUGGCGUAG